AUGUUGACUUCUCGUCCAGGACCGGCCGAUGAGGACCUCCAACCUCCGGUUAGGGUAAAGAAGCGCAAGCAUCUUCCCGUCAGCGAAGAUCCAUCCUCCAAAAAUCAAAUAUUCUACUUUGUCGAUUCAAACUCCUCGUCACGGGAGAAACGGGCCCAUGUCAUGCGCCAUCAUGUCCAGGAGAAACGAAAACAACGCAAACAUUCUCUUCCUCGAAACGACCCAGACAAAAAAGCCAUCCGUCCUUUCCGAUAUCUUCCAUGGGAACAGAAGAAGGUGGUCCUGGAUGAGGGCGGUAAGGAGGUCAUCACACCUGUCGGUCAGUCGGAUCCGGUUGAUUCGGACGAUCCAUCAUCGACCAGACUCCCUGUACUGAGAUCGGCUUCUUGUCCCGCCGAGAAUCACACUUUGGAGUCGCCCAUCACCCUUCUCGAUGCAUCCAGAAAAGAUCCUUUUGAGACCCUACCCAUCGAUCACUCCACGCAGGAUGUGGAGCUAGCCGACUACUGGAUAUACCGGCUGACGUACUGGUCGGGUCAGAACAAACACAUCAAAAACUCCAUCUUCAAAGCGGCCAUGAACCACCCGUUGACCUUUCAGGCCGUCGUCCUCGCCUACUGUGCCCGCUGGAAAACGCAACUAUACAAUCUCAAGGAUAGUCACGAAGCCGAAACGCACGUUGACGAGGCGACCCAAUCUAUCGACAGAGUGAUGAAAGGCUCCAUGUCCAUCGACGUGGACACACUGGCAUUGGCACUGACGGGUAUGGCACUGCACGAGGAGCGCUUUGGAAGCAAAACAAUCGCCCAGGGACACGCGGACCGGGCUGUCCAGAUUCUCCGACCGCGGGCCGGAUCCAGCAGUUCGGUCGGGGUGUUCUUGCAUUAUGUGCGAUAUAACCUAGCGCCCCCACAGUCGGAGAUCGGGGAGAAUGGCCAGCAGUGGCUGAUGGCGUUCCUUCGCAGCGCCGAGGACCUCAUGUUGGAACACAACACGGACGCCUAUCUCUCGGCGGUGCCGCAGCGGCGGUUGGCUUUCCAGAUGGACAGUCCGCUGUUUCCUCUGCUGUCCAGCGGGCCUCGGCCGUCGCAGGUGCCGCAUGACUGUCGGAUGUAUGUGGUGCGGAAUGCGCCGACGCAGGAGCUGUCACGCACGGCGGCGCUGAUCUACAUCACCAAGACGCUGUGGGAUUUCCAGGAUUCGCCGGGGAAGACGGGGCGGUUCCUCAAUUAUCUUCGGGCGAUGGUGAAGGAACACCAACUGGACCGGAAUCCGGCGUGCGAGACGCUCAUCUGGCUGCUGUUGGAGGAGCGGUGCGACACGGACCUGAAGGAUGCGGAGCGAGGCUGGUCAACGGGGGAGUUGUUGAAGAUGCACAAGCAGCUCCGACCGGAUCUGCAGUUUCUGUUCAACGAAAUCCUGUUUAGUCUGUUGAUGUUGACGCCGCCACUCCGUGGGAUAGAUGCGUUUGAAAACGAGCUGUACGGCGCCAAAGUGGAGGGGUCAGAGGGAGGGUGA